CCCAAACCAAACCAUUUUCAAAGAAACUUCCAAUACGGUCCAUAAGUCAAGCAACUUACAAAGCAGGAAGAAAUUUCAUCAUGAUUUCAAUUUCCACAUCAACUUCUUUCUCCUCAGCCCAUUUCGCUUUCUCAAAGGUUGCCUCCACCGCCUCCUCAAAGCCCAUCAAGAACCGUUCAUCGCUUCGUAUCUCCGCCGCUUGCUGCACAUCAACGGCAGAGAGGCCGGCCACUGGGUCCCACGUUACGACAACGUCGUCACUCUACGAGGUCCUUGGGAUUCAAGCUGGUGCCACGUGUCAGGAGAUUAAGGCUGCAUACAGAAGAUUGGCUAGGGUUGUGCACCCAGAUGUUGCAUCUAACGGUCAACGGGGUCAGACCUCAGCUGGGGAUCGGUUCCUGAAGGUCCACGAAGCCUAUGCCACGCUGUCAGACCCGGAGAAACGCGCCGAUUACGAUCGCGUGCUUUACAGUCGCCGGCCAACUGUGAGUUAUUCGCCGCUGGGAAUGUCCACGUGUACGGACACGAUGGCUUCGCGGUUUUCUGGGUAUGCACGGCGGAGAUGGGAGACCGAUCAAUGCUGGUAGCCUUAAAAAAGUUGGAAGAUUAUUUGUAUUAGGACUAGAAUUUCUGAUUAAAAAUUACAUAUCAGACUUGUUUUUUUUAGUCAGAUUUGUAAUUCCUGGUUUCAAGGGUAUCUGAUUCUUAGGAGCGCUCAGGCUUUGAUUUUAGGUUUAGGGAACUCAGGCACAGUAUAUUAUUAUUAACUGUGCUCAUAUAAUAUGUGUAACCUUGUAAACUGUAAUCAGGCGACUUUUUUACAGCCUGAAUUUAUGGAGAUUUUGCAUUUUCCACUUUCAA